UUUCCUGCUGGGAGGAGAGUAGGGGAUGGGUUCCUUUCUGCCUCAGUUACUUCUGUCCUUCCAAUCUGACUGAAUCUGUGCGUGCUCCCUUGUUUCACUUGUAAUCUUCUGAGAGGCCUUACCUAGGGGCACGGCUAGUCUCUGUGGCCCAUGGGGUAUUGCUCACCCCUGCCCUGCUGAGAUGCAUCCCUCUUCAUUGGCCUCCCCAUCCCCAACCCGGAGGCCCAGCGCUGUGGAGAGACUAGAGGCCGACAAGGCCAAAUAUGUCAAGACCCAGCAGGUGAUUGCCCGGCGCCAGGAGCCAGCCCUUCUGGGAGGAACGGGCCCCCUGACUCCUCACUCCUGCAAUGAGCUGGAGUCCCCAACCUCUCCGAGGCCUCUUGGGCCAGCCCGGAGAGGCAGCGGCAAGCGGCUUCUGAGACCCGAUUCGCUUAUCAUCUAUCGGCAGAAGCGGGACUGUAAAGCAGUAAACAAGGAGAAUGCCAAGGGGCAGAGCCUGGUGCGACGCCUCUUCCAGGGAGCCCCCCAGGAUCCUGCCGGAAGCCCCAGCCCAGUGGAGCGUGUGGCUCCCCGAGCAGGAUGGGCCACAGCCGGGAAGGGUCCAGGAGCCUCCCAGCCUACAUCUCCUGAGUCGGGCAAGAGAGCCCUCUGUCCCACAUGCUCCCUGCCCCUGUCUGAGAAAGAACGUUUCUUCAAUUACUGUGGGUUGGAGCGGGCCCUGGUGGAGGUGCUGGGUGCUGAGAGGUUCUCACCUAAGACCUGGGAGACAGAUGCCAGCCCUCCACUGGGCAGGCCCAGCUCUGAGGGUGGCAGUGAGUGGGAUUCAAGUGGGGCUGAUGGUGGCGGAGGAGACUCUGAGGUGGGCACUUCGAGAGAUGGGCAACCUCCUGUAUCUGUGGUGGAGCGAAACGCCAGGGUCAUCAAGUGGCUCUAUGGGUGCCAGCGGGCUCAGGCACCCCCCCUGGAGUCAGAAGUGUGAAGGGACAGUGGUAUGGGAGCUGGGCUCUUCCCUGCCUACUGGAAUGGCAAAGGCCCCAUGGAUCAUAGGGGGGGCAAGUCAUUGUCUGUGGGAAAGCACUGAUGUUCCAGGCCUGAUGCUCUGGCUGAGGGGGCAGGACCCAGGUUGGAGUAAUUGGAGAGAGGGAGGGUAACCCCAUGGCCCCUGUGGAGGCUUGGUCUGGGGAGUGGGGGAGGGAGGUGGGAUGGGAGAG